GGGGCUGGCGCCCUCGGAGCGGCGCGCGGCGCGGUGGGGGUGUCCCGGGCGGGCCGAGCACAGAUCCUGGGACCCUCGGACCCUCCGACGAGAUGGUGCGUUCUUCGGGAGUGGGGAGCGGGGCCACUCCCCCGGGCGGCCCCGGCGAGGCACCCGGAGCCCCCACCCCGCCGGCGAAAAGGCGGGGGCAGUCAGGCCGCGCUGUCUCUUUAAGACCGUGUUCCAGCUAACACCGACGGGCUCCUGGAGCAGGCGGUGAGACUAAGCAAGGCCAAGUUUCAAAGGGAGGAGAGUCCCCCACCUGGCUUCAGCGUCCACACGGCAUAGUCCUUCAUAAUCUCGAUGCAGAGGCCUCCAUGGCUGUGAUAAGCCUUGUGUUCCUGGCAGUGAUGUAUGUUGUUCACCACCCCCUGAUGGUCAGUGACCGCAUGGACCUGGACACACUAGCCAGAAGUAGGCAGCUGGAGAAGCGGAUGAGCGAGGAGAUGCGCCAGUUGGAGAUAGAGUUUGAAGAGAGAAAGCGAGCAGCUGAGCAGAAGCAGAAGGCAGAGAACUUCUGGAGAGGAGACACAUCCAGUGAUCAGUUAGUGCUAGGGAAGAAAGACAUGGGCUGGCCGUUCCAGGCUGGUGGCCAGGAGGGGCCACUGAGCUGGAUGCUGGGAAACCUGUGGAAUGCUGGCCUCUUUUGCCUUUUUCUCAUCUUUGAGCUCCUGCGACAGAACAUGCAGCAUGAGCCGGCCUUUGAUUCCAGCAGCGAUGAGGAGGAGGAGGAAGUCCGUGUUGUGCCUGUCACCUCCUACAACUGGCUUACUGACUUCCCCUCGAGGGAGGCCCUGGAAUCCUUUUACAAACACUCUGUCCAGAAUGUCACCCGUGAUCUGCCCUGCACCUGCGAGUUCGUGGAGAGCUUCGUGGACGACCUCAUUGAGGCCUGUCGGGUGCUCAGCCGCCGGGAGGCUCACCCACAGCUGGAGGACUGCCUGGGCAUUGGGGCUGCCUUUGAGAAAUGGGGAACCCUCCACGAAACCCAGAAAUUUGAUAUUCUGGUGCCCAUUGUUCCCCCGCAGGGCACUAUGUUUGUGCUGGAGAUGAGGGAUCCGGCCCUAGGCCGCCGCUGUGGCUGUGUGCUGGUGGAGUCGGAAUGCGUGUGCAAGCGUGAGAAGCUUCUGGGGGACGUGCUGUGCCUGGUGCACCACCACAGGGAUCACUCGGCUGUCUUGAGCAAGUGUAGCAGCUCCAUCAAGGUGGCUCUCUGCACUGGCUCCCACCUGGACGUGUGCAAGACGGUACAGUGGUUUCGGAACAUGGUGGGCAAUGCCUGGGCCCUUGUGGCCCACAAGUAUGACUUUCAGCUCAGCCUCCCACCGUCUACCACCUCCUGCAAGCUCAGGCUGGACUACCGCUCAGGCCGCUUUCUCUCGAUCCGCUUGGUCCUGGGGGUGCAACGGGAAGACACCUUGGUUUAUCUGGUGAGUCAGGCUCCUGACCAGGAACAGCUCACCAGCGUGGACUGGCCCGAGUCCUUUGCAGCCUGUGAACACUUGUUCCUGAAGCUGGUAGGGCGUUUUGCUCCAGAGAACACCUGUCACCUCAAGUGCCUCCAGAUCAUCUUAAGUCUCCGGGACCUUCAGAGCUUACCCCAGGGAGCAUCCCGUCCUGUCCUCACCUCUUACCACUUCAAAACAGCCCUCAUGCACCUGUUGCUGCGGCUGCCUCUAACGGACUGGCAGCACAGCAUGCUCUCCCAGCGGCUCCAGGACGUCCUCUGGUUCUUGGGCCGCGGCCUUCAGCAGAGGUCCCUCCACCAUUUCCUCAUUGGUAACGCCUUCCUGCCCCUGACCAUCCCGAUCCCCAAGACAUUUCGGAAUGCUGAGCCUGUCAAUCUCUUCCAACACCUGGUGCUAAACCCCACGGCGCACUCGCAGGCAGUGGAAGAAUUCCACCACCUUCUGACCCAAGUGAAAACGCUGCCCUGUGCCCCGUUGGCUGGGGCACAUUAAUGUAAAGGCCAUUAAAAAAGGGGAGAAGGUAUUUCUGAUUCCUCAGGCUGCCGGACAGUUUACUUUUUCAGACACAUCAGUGGUAUGUGUGACCCUCACCUUGCCAGUGGGGGGGGGGCUGUGAUAGAUAAGACACUUUAAGGAGCACCUGAAGUGCUCAUCAGGAUGGGGUCCAACCUGUAGGGCCUAAUCUAGGGUGUGCCUUCUGAGGUUUUCUUCUCCUGACUUUUAGCAUGACCCAAAGAGGGCCCAGGGAAACGGAUGUUAGGGGGCGAUCUCACAGCUAGAGUUGAGACCAGAUGGGGGCUGUGAGGUUUUUGUGUUCUGUAUCAACACUGGAAGUGAAAGAGAACCAGAGAAUACCUCCAUUCCAGCUUAUUCCUUUUUGUGAAUAGUCGACUCUCAGCACAUUCCUUGUAAACUGGUUUCCUUGUUGAAUUGUUAGCUUAAUUCACAUCCAAGCUGAUAGCACCAAGCAUUUUAUCCUAAAUACUGUGAAGGUAACGUCUCGUACUUUAGGAUCUAAUUUUUCAGACCUUCUCUGUUUGAAGAUAUAUCCAAGAUGUUUAUGUUCCAUU